UAAUGCCGACAUUAAAAAAAAAUCCUGUAACACAAUGUAAUACAACACAAUAUUUAGAAUAUGAAUUGGUUGAUGAAUUCCUUAUUUUUGGGUGUCGUUUUAAGAUUUACCUCUGACUUUAUGGAGGCCUUCUCCGCCCCCUUACAGUAAAUACUGAUGUAAAUGUGUUCCAUAGAUUAUCAUGCCUUCACUGACAAGGAAAUAAUCGGAUUACUCUGUAGGAAGAGCCUCUGUGACCCCGUAACGGAGUUUCCAAAGUCUGCAAACAGUGCGGAUUAUCUUAAUUGAAUUAAUUCUCAAUACACAGAUUUGUGGCCGUUCACGCCGUGGGCUGCUGCAGCUGAUCCCAGAGCAGCCGCUCCGCCGUGACGUCAGCAGACUAUAAAACCAGCCCUGCUCUCAACUGGUCCCAUUAAACCAAACUGUCCGCAUCCCCAGUCGAGCUCGCGGAGUCGCGCAUGCAGAGAAGAAAAGUACUCUUCAGAGUCAUCAUGACGCAGUUUUAGGAGAACUUCCACGGAGCACGGAAAGCUUUCAGUCCAGGGUUUUUUUCAUUUUCCCGACUUUUCCUUUUCCCGUUUCCGAGCCACCGCGCACCGGUGUGAUGCCCGCCGGAAUGUUCAGCAUAGACAGCAUCUUGUCCGGCCGGCCGAGCUGCAAGGAGCCGCUGCUGCUGCACCGGAGCGGCCCGGUGGUGCUUUCCGCCGGCCUGACGGACUCAAUCUACACCGACUACAACGGACUGUACACGUCCACUUGUGGGCCUUCUCCCCCCGGGAUUCAGUCUGUGAACGGGACCAGGAUAGGAUAUAACGGCUACUACUACGGACAGUUGCACGUCCAGGGCGCCGGAGGAGGUCCGCCGUGCUGCAGCUCUGUGCCCGGCCUCAGCCAGCAGCAGUGCCCCUGCAUCCCUGCAGGCUACGACAGCCCGGGCUCGGUUCUCAUCUCUCCGGUCCCGCACCAGAUGAUGUCCUACAUGAACAUGGGCAGCCUGUCGCGGACCGAGCUGCAGCUCCUCAACCAGCUGCACUGCCGCAGGAAGCGGAGGCACCGCACCAUCUUCACCGACGAACAGCUGGAGGCUCUGGAGGGCCUCUUCCAAGAGACCAAGUACCCGGACGUCGGCACCCGGGAGCAGCUGGCCCGCAAGGUCCACCUCCGGGAGGAGAAGGUCGAGGUUUGGUUCAAAAACAGACGCGCGAAGUGGAGGAGGCAGAAAAGGUCCUCAUCAGAGGAAUCAGAGAACUCUCAGAAAUGGAACAAAUCGACCAAAACGUCUGCGGAGAAAACCGAGGAGAGCAAAAGUGACGCGGACUCGGACAGCUGAUAAUAACAGCGACGUGACGCGGCCACAUGUGUGUGCACAUAUAGUGGAAAGUGACGUGGACUCCACGACAUGCUGGUGGUGUGAUGAAACUUGUUGCCAUGUUGCACAGUUGUACAUAACUACAUUUUAUUAUUGAUUUUUGUGUCCACUAUUUAUAUUUAAUUUAAGUUUUUUUUUAUGUAAUGUUACGCACGCCAGGGGACGUGACUUCCGGUGGAUCGAUUGACAUGUCUGAAUAUAUCGUAAUGUUAUAUGUGACAUUUUUAUGGAUAUUAAAUGUUGUAAUUCUGGUAUUUUUUUUUUUCGUUGUAACAUUAUUCAUUGCGCUCAGCCAGCCGCAGGGGGGAAACAAAACAUCCGGAGGCGGAGCACAGCAUAAUCACAGAGCUGUUAUGAAGAAUAAGCUGAAUUUCUUAUGUUAUUUUAUUUUACAAAGAUAAGAAAAUCAAGCUGCUUAAAAGGACAUCGAGUAUACAUUAAAAUACAAAUGAAACAUCAUCAGCACGCUGUCUGAUUUUUUUUUUCUUCACGGUGGAGGGAUGUUAAUUUGGUUGUUUGUUAAACAUUUUGAAAUUGAUGGGAACUGAAUGGAAAAUAGGAUUUCUGUUUUUUGCUGAGCUCCCAGUCCCAUUUUCAUUUACAUUUAACUAGCGACACAACUCUGAAAAUACUCUCCUCUAAAAGUACAGAAGUCAGGCACUGAAAAUAUUAGCAAAUAAGUAAAAAUACACAAGUAUUAGGCCCAGGGUGAAAAUAUGCUUAAUGUAUUGAAAGUAGAAGUUAUCAAAAUGCCUAAAAAUGACCGUCAGUAUUUUAGAAUGAGGUUUUAUUGGAAUAUAUGCGUGUAUUGAUUGGGCUCAUGAUGAUUUCUGUAAUGCUUGGAAGCAAUUUCCUUCAGUGUGUUUGUGCUGUCUGCUGAAAAACAGGAGUUGGAUUUUCAUCUGAACAUAUGUGGCGGGACAAUCCUGUCAAAGUUAACUUUUUUACUGUCUAUGGUCUUAUUAUCUGCAUCGAACACAAGGCAGGUGUGUGGAUGGUGUUGUUUGAAUUGUUACAGCACUAUAAGCAACACUUCAGCCCUUCUGAACCAGGAUCUGCCUUUGUCACUGUGGUGUAAA